AUGUCACCAAGCCAGUGGGGAGAUGAAACCUCCCACGGAAGUACAGCCGGCAUGGAAGAGGAUCCUCUAAAUAAGGCCGCGGACGAUGUAUAUAAUUGUGCAAUAUCGUUGCUGAACAGCGGCGUCAGUAUUCGCGCCCUCACCAGCCUGUGCUGGUCGAUUUUGGAGUCGAAGGGCGAGGAAGGCCGUUUUCUCUCCUGGAUGCCCACGACUGAGGAAGAAAUGCGUAAAUUCUUCCGCCCGACCAGCAAGGAGCGUGACGCGGGGGAGUUGGCGUUCAACAAAAGCAUGAUGAACUAUAUUGUCCAAUCCAACACGGCUAGGAAAGCGGUAAGCGGCGAAGAGUCGAAACAAAGUAGCGACGCUUACUACGGUCUUAUGUUUGACAUGGUAACUAUGACUGCCGGUCAACUUAUUGACUACUUUGUCUUCCACCUUCCUGGGCAAGACAAGUCCCCGUUCUACGAGGACGAGCUCCGGGAAUUUGACGACCGUGGCCUAACCUAUUGGGGCCGCAACUGGCAGAGAACCGUGUUUGGAGGCACUAUCAAAAGCUUCGCGGAGGAGGACCAUUACUUACAGCACAAACAAAGCGGGACCUUGGUUCUGUGCAUCCCAGACGAUAAGAUCAAGACUCGAGAAAGAAACUGGAUCAUCGAUAAGAGUGCAAUUCAGGAGGUUGUUGACUAUAAACAUGAAUUUGACAUGCCUUUGGCGCUACCCCUUUCCACAAGAAACAUGAGAGAACUGGGGUUCAUACCGAGCCGAGACCAGUCGAUGGACAAGAUCAGACACGACACUGCCAUGAAGCGCGUAGAAUCCAAGAAGGCCAAGGCGACCAAAACGAAAUCAAAAUCUUCGGACGGGCACGCCAGUACCAAGGACCGCCAGAUGAUUGUCAAACCUCGCCAACAAGCGUUAUCUGAAGUGAACGAGCGCUCCGAGUUGGUCAUUACUCCUCCACCUCUACCUUCUCGUUCCCGCCCUCGUUCCCGUUCUCGUCCCCAGCCUUCUCGCCGUCGCGACGAUGGAUACGGUCGAUCACGAGAUCGGUCAUCUGCCGGGGGACAUAGUGCCAUAGAACCGGAGGCUUAUAUUGAAGCCCAGCCUCCAGUAUCGCCGGCAGGAACACCAAUGGGCAGUUACUAUGGUUCUCGACCGUACACAUACAUGGCACACCCAUCCCACCCAGAGACAUAUGUCGAACACUCACCACAAUCGGCGCCGUACAUGGGUCAACCGUAUCAGACGGAGGAGUAUUUUCCUCCAACUGGGCGUGAUUUCCUACCUCGUCGUAGGGUGACUAAACGCUACGGGCCUUGA